AUGAAGUUCACUGCGCUCCUCGCUCUGGUCGGUGUUGCCGGCACUGCUGUUGGCAGCCCCGUGGCGCCCGAGGCCGAGACUGCUGCGCCUCUCGCCAAGCGCCAGUCGAUCAACUAUGUGCAGAACUACAACGGCAACGAGGCCAACUUCAAGUACAACCAGGGCGCCGGAACUUACUCUGCCAGCUGGAACAACCCGGGCGAUUUCGUCGUUGGGCUCGGCUGGACCAAGGGCAUCUCGAACCGCGUCAUCAACUUUAGCGGCAACUACCAGUCGAACCAGGGCUCGUACCACGCCGUGUACGGAUGGCUCAACAACCCGCUGACCGAGUACUACGUGGUGGAGAACUACAGCUACGACCCGUGCUCCGUCGGCGGCUCGCAGGUGGUGGGCAGCGUCACGUCGGAUGGCUCGUCGUACAAGAUCUGCAAGCACACGCAGAACAACCAGCCUUCGAUCCAGGGCACCAAGACGUUUGGACAGUUCUUCAGUGUGCGCCAGAGCAAGCGCAGCUCCGGCUCGGUCACGCUGGCCAAUCACUUUACCGCUUGGAGCAAGUACGGCUUUGCUAACGGUGCGUCCAACCCAGACUUUAACUACCAGGUCUUUGCCACCGAGGCCUUCUCGGGCUCUGGCUCGGUCAGCAACACUGUUAGUGGAUAA